AUGUCUGCCGUCCAUGACGACGAUGAGCGCCUCUUAGCUCGUAUUGGUUACAAACAGGAACUCAAGCGAGAAUUCUCAAAAUGGUCAACUGUCUCCUAUGCUAUUUCUAUUCUGGGAGUCUUGGGCUCUGUUCCAGCGACAUUUGGGGCCCCGCUGGCCGCCGGGGGUCCUGCGACUGCAGUCUGGUGCUGGUUCCUGGGCUCUGUCAUGGCGUUCUGCAUUGGUAGCUCAGUUGCGGAGCUGGUCUCCGCCUAUCCCACGGCAGGGGGGAUGUACUUUGUCACCAAAUACGUUGUGCCUGAGGACCAGGUUCCGAUAUUCUCUUGGAUCCAGGGCUGGUGCAAUCUUCUGGGUCAAACUGCUGGUGUCUCCAGUGUAGCCUACACGGUAAGCCAAAUGCUACUCGCUGCUGCUAGUAUGAACUCCAAGCUUGUCGAUGGCGGCUACUCAUAUACACCAACCGCUUGGGAUACUGUGCGCCUGUCUAUCGCACUCUUGAUAUUUCUUGGUGUGAUCAGCUCGAUGACGACAAAGUGGUUGCACCGCAUCUUUAUCUGGUUUGCACCGAUCAAUAUCACUGCGACGGUUAUCAUCUGCCUUGUACUCCUAUAUAACACCCCCGAGAAACAACCCGCUAGUUGGGUAUUCACCCAUGUCACCGACGGCUCAGGAUGGGGCUCCAAGCUCUUCUCCUUUCUCCUCGGAUUCAUAUCCGUGGCCUGGACAAUGACCGACUACGAUGGAACCACACAUAUGUCCGAGGAAACGCACGAUGCUGCAACCCUAGGUCCCAUCGCCAUUCAAUCUGCUGUCGUAGUCUCAGGUGCCCUAGGCUGGGUCCUAACUAUAUCCCUAUGUUUCUGUCUCACGGACUUCGAUGCCAUCCUCAACACACCCACCGGCAUCCCUGCAGCCCAAAUCUUCCUCAACGCGGGGGGUAAAACUGGCGGCAUGAUCAUGUGGGGCUUGGCUGUCCUUGUCCAGCUAUUCACAGGGUGCUCGGCCAUGCUCGCGGACACCCGUAUGGCCUACGCAUUCGCUCGUGACGAAGCACUUCCAUUCUCAUCUACUCUCUCCAAAAUAAACCCCCUAACGCAAACCCCCGUCAACGCCGUCUGGUUCGUCGUGCUCUUUAGCAUAGCCCUAAACUGCAUCGCAAUCGGAUCCACGCAAACUGCAACAGCAAUCUUCUCCAUCACCGCUCCAGCACUCGACCUCUCCUACGUCUCUGUUAUCCUUGCGCACCAAAUCUACAAGCACCAAGUCGGCUUCGUAGAGGGCCCGUUUACGCUGGGACGGUGGAGGAGCUAUGUCAAUUGGGUUUCGAUCCUCUGGGUGCUGUUCAUUAGCACGGUCUUGUUCUUCCCGCCUAGGGUUCCGAUUACGCUGGAGAAUAUGAAUUAUGCGAUUUGUGUUGGGAUCUUUAUUGCCGUUUUUGCCCUGGUAUGGUGGUGGGUUGAUGCUAGAGGGAAGUACACCGGGCCGCGCACGAGUGAGUAUAUGCAGGAAAUUCCCACAGAAGAUUAUCCGGAGGAUUACGGGACUAUUGAGUAA